AUGAGGACAGGUCUCCCCGACAGCUCGGAGACUUCAGAUUACGCAUUUCAACUGCGCAAAACAGCUGUUAUUGAUCUGGAACUUGCACGCCUUAACAUUUCUAUUGCUGCACUACAAGAAACCAGGCUUCCGGAUGAGGGCUCAUUGCGAGAACAAAACUACACCUUCUUUUGGAAAGGCAAGGACUCAAACGAACACCGUGAACAUGGCGUGGGCUUUGCAGUGCACAAUACUUUACUAAAUGCCAUAGAAACACCGCGGGGUCUGACGGAGCGUAUAAUGGUCUUACGGCUUAACACUAAAUGCGGCUUUGUUACUUUAAUUUCCGCUUACGCCCCUACACUUACCUCGACUGCGGAAUCUAAAGACGUCUUUUACGACGAUCUGUGCAACGCUGUACGCAAUGUGCCGCCCGGGGAUCGAUUGUAUAUACUGGGUGACUUCAACGCACGUGUGGGACAGGACAACGCCACCUGGCCCGAAUGCCUUGGCUAUCAUGGCGUGGGUAAGCAAAACGAAAAUGGCCAACGUCUACUAGAGUUUUGCUCUAAAUUCCAGCUGUGUGUCACAAACACUUAUUUUAAAGGAAAAAUAAUGCGUAAGGUCUCCUGGCGGCACCCCCGGUCUGGUCAUUGGCAUCAAUUGGACCUUGUCUUAACCAAGAGAAGGGAUUUGGGGAGGGUCGCCCAUACGAGAACGUUCCACGGCGCGCAAUGCGACACGGAUCACUCCCUAGUGGCUAGCAAAAUACGUCUUUCGCCAAAAAAGAUUCAUUCCUCCAAAACCCCUGGACGGAAGACCUUAAACCUUCCCAAAACUAGGGAUCCUGAGUUAGUGGAGUCUUUUAGUUCAACCGUGCGACAUCAGACAGCUACUUGGGAUGUGAAUGCUCCUAUAGAAGUGGAAUGGGAAUCCAUCAAGGAGCUGCUCACCAAAACUGCUGGUAAAGUUUUCGGAUAUUGUAAGGUGAAAUCAUCGGACUGGUUUUUCGAAAACCUAGAUCAGCUUCAGCCUUUAAUUGACUCCAAGCGACAGGCUGCACUCAACUACCAUUUUGAUCCCUGUGACGUCACACGCGCUGAACUCUGCACUGCAAAAUCUUCCCUCCAGCGAACUUGCCGUCAGUUUGCCAACGCGUAUUGGAUGGACCUGUGCAGAAACAUCCAGGAUUGUGCGGACGCAGGAAACUUUCGCGGUGUUUACGCGGGGAUUAGAAUGGCUAUCGGCCCUGUACAAAAGAAAACGGCUCCUUUGAAAGAGAUCGACGGCUCUAUUAUAACCGACAGUAGUCGUCUGCUGGAAAGGUGGGCAGAACACUACACAGAGCUUUAUUCUCAACCAGCCGAGAUCAGCCACGUAGCAAGGGAACUUAUUCUGACAUUACCGGUUAUGGCUGAGCUCGAUAGCCUGCCUACCAUUGGAGACCUUCAUGCGGCCGUUCUGCAGCUCAAAUGCAACAAGAGUCCCGGGGUAGAUGGUAUCCUCACAGAACUCCUAAAACUCAAGUGUGUGUUACCACUUCUGCAUAACUUUCUGGGCAAAUGCUGGGAGGAGGGGCGAUUUCCUCGGGAUAUGCGUGAUGCAAAUAUUGUUACAUUGUAUGAGGGGAAAGGUGACCGCGGCGAUUGUAACUCUUACCGCGGCAUAUCUCUUCUUAGCAUUGUUGGCAAACUAUUUGCAAGGGUCAUGUUGACUAAACUGCAAAGUCUUGCUGAACGGGUAUAUCCUGAGGCCCAGUGUGGCUUUCGCUCUGAACGGUCAACCACGGACAUGAUUUUUACCCUUCGGCAACUUCAAGAGAAGUGCCGAGAGCAGAACACGCCCCUGCUGAUCGCAUUUGUUGAUUUAAAUAAAGCUUUCGAUACGGUGAGUAGGGAGGGGCUAUACAUCGCGCUUGAGAAAAUAGGAUGUCCCCCAAAACUGCUGAGGCUGGUGAAAUCUCUUCACGAUGACACGAAGGGUACCGUUAUCUUUGAUGGCCAAAUGUCCGACGCUUUCGACAUGCGAAGAGGGGUUCGCCAGGGCUGUGUGUUGGCACCCACUUUGUUCGGCAUAUUUUUCUCCUUGCUGCUGAAAGUUGCCUUCGGUGAUUCACAACAGGGAGUUCACCUACACACAAGAGCGGAUGGGAAAUUGUUUGGUACCGCCCAGUUGAAAUCUUCCCGUAAACGAGAGGAUUUAUAUAUCGAUAGUCUGCUCUAUGCCGACGACGCAGCCUUCGUGGCGAAAACUCCCGGGGAGCUUCAGACUUUGUUGGACAAGUUUGCAUACGCAUGUUCGCUGUUCUCCAUGUCCAUAAAUGCAACGAAGACCGUAAUUCUAGCGCAGGGCUACACCUACCAGCCUUCUAUCUUGCUGGAAGGCGAACCCUUGAAAGUAGUCGACAAGUUCUGUUACUUGGGGUCAACUGUGUCGAACAAUCUUUCCAUUGACGGAGAGAUUGAUAUCCGCAUCGGCAAAGCGGCCACGACGUUCGGCAGGCUGCGUACAAGAGUAUGGAAUAACAAACACCUUACCGCAAAGACUAAGAUGAUAGUCUAUAAAACUUGCAUAUUAAGCAUACUCUUGUACGGAGCCGAAACCUGGACGUCGUACGCCAAACAAGAGCGAAGACUUAACACUUUCCACAUGCGCUGUCUCCGUAGCAUACUUAACAUCACGUGGAAGGACAGAGUAACAAAUGAGAGAGUGUUGGGGAUUGCACAGCUUCCUAGCGUUGUCGCUCUCCUCAAACAGAAACGCCUGAGAUGGCUGGGACAUGUACACCGAAUGAGCAGUGCGCGUUUGCCCAGACAAACCUUAUUGGGCCAAAUAGCGUUUGCAAAGCGUAACGUGGGGCGACCUAUGCUGCGUUUCAGGGAUUGCGCUAAACGUGACAUGGUUGCAUUUAACAUUGAUCGCAACUCUUGGGAAGACCUAGCAUCGAACCGCAAUGAGUGGCGGAAGACCAUCUUCACGGGUUGCAAAACCCACGAUAGUACCUGGUUUGAAGACCUGGCUCAAAGGCGUGCCAAGAGACACAAUCGCGAGGGGGCUCCUCCACCGAUGAAUCCCCAAUAUAUGUGUCCAAAGUGUGGACGAAUGUGUCGUUCACGGAUUGGCUUAUUCAGCCACGAACGGCGUUGUCGCAUAAAUAACACAGACACUGAUUAA